AUGGCGAUCCACGCAUGGCGAAUGACACUGCGGCCGGCCGCACGGCUGGCUGUCGUGCCCCGAACGGUGCGCGCGUAUGCGACACAGCGCACGUCAAAGAUGUCGUUCGUGUCCAAGCUAUUCUCAGACCCCGUGAUCGAGACGAUCGUUGUGGCUUCGCGCAUCGCACGGAUCCUCCUAGGAUCCGUGCUGGUCGUGGGCGGUACGACGUUGGUGGCCUGGGAGGGCAUGCAUCAGUAUGUUGAGCACGCUGCGAUGCCUUCGCGGCGUCCUCGUCUCGUGGAUGCAGAUGAUAAGUACGGUUUCGCCGCUGAUGCGCACCUCGAUGCAUGGACGCAGUGCGAGCAUACAGACAGCAGGCUUGGUAUGUUUGGCCGGCACAUAGUCCGCUCGGCAUGGAUGGCACAGCACUGGGGCAGUGGCAUUACGCCGUCCGUCAUGUUUGGUCACCGCUCGGGGAGCAUGGAUGUCCAGGCGGCGACGGAAAAUCAGGGCCUACGUAUGGCCGAGCAGUUCCUCCAUACGUCGUUGCACAUCGCCGAAAACAAGCAUAUCGCUGUGCCGGACGAGGCAGAUAGUGGCACUGCGCCCGAUCCAGCGGCUGUGCGGCUUGAAUUGUGGCUCGCAAGCGUUCGCGAGCAGUUGGGUACACCUGCUAGUCUAGAGCGCGCCAUCAAUGCAUGCGAAAAGGUCUACGAUGUCGUGCCUGACGAUAUUCUGCGGACGCACGUCGCAACGCGUCUCGGCACGCAAUACACGCUGCUUGGUAAGGCCGGCCAUGGCGUGGCUUGGCUCGAUCGGGCCAUGAAGCUCGGAGGCACACAGACGAGCACGUCGGAGGCUGUCGACGCCCUCUUGGCACGUCGCAUACCUGUGCUGGCACCGCGUGACGAGCGAACGACCCUCUCGAUCCUACAAACGCUCUCGGCGCUACAUGCACACCAACCGCAAGGGCUGCACCUGGCGCUCCGGACACAGCUCGCAGCCCUGCGAUUGGCCAGCGCUGCAGCAAGUCCUACACCCACAUCCAGGGACGGUGCCUUGCAUCGACUCUGGGUCGAGCAGAAGCAGAGCGUGCUGGCCAUGCAUGUGGCUGAGACACUGUACGCGCUCAAGCCACGCCGCUCGCGUAUCAUCGCACGCCUGUGGCCAUCGCUUGUCGAUGCCCAGCCGUCCCAGUACGGACUCGUCGGCCCCACUCUCCGUGGUCCCUAUGCCCAGAGCCGCACAUGGCUCACCACAGCGCGUGAUCGCGCAGCAUUCGUAUGCGACCAAUUGACGCACCCUGAUGAUGCGCAGGCUCAGCAGAUCCAGCACGAAGCCGAGUACGUGGUCCGCGAGGCAACGCGGCUGCUGCAAGCACUAGACACUCGCACUUAG